UCUCUCUUAUAGCACGUCCCUGCAGUCUCUCCUUUAUCUGCUCCUCACGCUGCUUGUCGCUUCACUCGGCACGAGAGUCCCAUCACAUACGGACACCAUGCUGCCAGCGCUCUGCUCUCUCCUCACUGCUCUCUCAUGUGUCAGUGGUGUGACUGUGGUGACGCAGAAGCCUCCUGUUCGCACGCUGACUCGAGGACAGACGGCCACCAUGGACUGUAAUCUGGGGACUGUCACUGAUAGUGCUGCACACUGGUUCAAACAGGUUCCUGGAAGAGUUCCUCACACGUCCCUGCAGUCUCUCCUUUAUCUGCUCCUCACGCUGCUCGUCUCUUCACUCGGCACGAGAGUCCCAUCACAUACGGACACCAUGCUGCCAGCGCUCUGCUCUCUCCUCACUGCUCUCUCAUGUGUCAGUGGUGUGACUGUGUUGACUCAGAAGCCUCCUGUUCUCACGCUGACUCGAGGACAGACGGCCACCAUGGACUGUAAUCUGGGGACUAUCAUUGAUCGUGUUGUAAGCUUUUACAAACAGGUUCCUGGAGGAGUUCCUCUGUAUGUGUUAAGAUAUUAUCAUGGUGAUAAAUCUCCUAAAUAUGGAUCUGGUUUCUCGUCUCCUAAAUUCACAUCAACAUCCCCCUCUAAAUCAGAUUAUAAACUGAUUAUCAGUAAUGUGGAGGUGGGAGACUCGGCAGUGUAUUACUGUAGGACAUGGGACGGCUCUGCUAAAGAGCACGUAUUCGGCCAAGGAACAAAGCUGAUCGUCAGCGACGCUGCUCUCCCGGAUCCUGUUCUGACCGUUCUCCCUCCGUCCAGUGAAGAGCUGAAGUCUAACAAAGCCACUCUAGUAUGUUUGGCCAGCGACCUGGCCAGUGGUUUUGCUGAUGUGCGUUGGUUCAUGAACGAGAACUCGGUCACCAGUGGAGUCAUCACCGGCUCUGCACAGCAGCAAGCCAAUAAGAAAUUCACACUGAGCAGCUAUUUGACCAUCAACAGCUGUGAUUGGGAAAACGACAAAGUCAUCACAUGUGAAGUGUCUGCUGGAGGAAAAGCCGCGUCAGUGAAGAUCAAGAAGUCCGAAUGCAGCGAAUGAACCCGAUUACAGCUUUUACAUGUUUGUUGUUUACUUGCAAAUCUUACUGAGACCUGUAGUUUAACCUGUAGAAAAUAAUUCCUCGUUAUUGAGACUAUAAUGUCCUGAUGAUGCAAUCGUUUUGCUUUUUGUGUUUGAGAAAUAAGUCGAAGUUUAAUAAAGUGCAUAACAGCAAAAAGAA